CUUACGCGUUGAAUAAUCAAACCCUUCUCUCUCCCUCUUCUUAGAUUCUCUCUCCUCUAUUCUCCCCUUUAACUCCCCAUCUAAUCUCAGCUGUAAUAAUUCCUCCUUUCUCUCUCUAAAACCUCUCUGUCUUUUUCCAAUCUUCAUUAUAUUUCCAUCCCCUAAUUAAUUUUACAUUGUUUCCGUGAAUUUCCGGUCUUUUUACAGGUUGGAUCAACUAUUAAUCAAAGAAAAGAAUCACUCUUGAUUUUUUUCUAGAGAGACACAAACGACCCAGACCCACCUCCUUUUUUUUUUUUUUUUUUUUUAAUUUGGUAGGUAUUUUUAAUUAUAGCCCACAUAAUAAUUUGUUGAUAUUAUAUUGUGGGCAUUUUCAUUUCUGGGAAUUAUUUCUCCAUCUCACAUCUCUUCUUUAAUUUCUCUCUCCCCACUUUCUCUCUCUACACUCCCCCCUUACUACUUUAAUGUGGAGUAGUUGUUGUUUUUGGUGUGUUGCUUCCUGUGAAUGAUUGUUUGUUUGGAGUGAGAAAAGUGUCAAAAAAGGAGUGUUUCUGUUUGUGGUCGGUGCAAGGAAGACGAAGGGGUUUCACCAAACUGAUGAGAUUUGUGCGUUUUGAUUGAGUGAAUCUGGGUCAAAUUACUCCGGCCCCCUGAUUUAUUUUCGAGGUUUUGUUGGGGGUCUUAACAAUGGCUGCCAAUGGCCGGCUGGUUGCCGGUUCGCACAAUCGAAACGAAUUCGUUCUUAUCAAUGCCGAUGAUAUUGGAAGAGUGACAUCAGUGAAAGAAUUGAGUGGACAGCUUUGUCAGAUUUGUGGAGAUGAUAUAGUAAUGGAUGAUGACGAGCCAUUUGUUGCUUGCAAUGAGUGUGCUUUCCCAGUGUGUAGACCUUGCUAUGACUAUGAAAGAAAUGAAGGAAAUCAAGCUUGUCCUCAGUGCAAAACCCGUUACAAGCGUAUUAAAGGGUUUGCAAGAGUUGAGGGUGAUGAGGAUGAAGAUGAUCUUGAUGAUAUAGAAAAUGAGCUCAAAUACGCGGGUAAGGAUAACGACCCUCAGCACAUUGCUGAAGCAAUAUUUUCAUCCCGGCUUAAUGUUGGCCGGGCUCCAUCCAAUGCCUCCGGCUUUUCAACACCGGCAGAGUUGGAUCCGUCUGCCCAUUCACAGGAACAACUUCUCUUAACUAAUGGAUCAGAGGAUCCUUAUAUUUCAUCGGAGAGGCAUGCUUUAAUAGUCCCUCCUUUUAUGAGCCGUGGGAAGAAAGUCCACCCUGUAUCAUUUCCUGAUUCAGCAAUGUCCUUGCCACCUAGACCAAUGGACCCCAAGAAAGAUCUAGCAGUUUAUGGAUAUGGAAGUGUUGCUUGGAAAGAUAGGAUGGAAGAAUGGAAGAGAAGGCAGAAUGACAAGCUUCAAAUGGUUAAGCACCAAGAGGAGAAUGGAAACUAUGAUGGAGGAGAACCUGAUGAUCCCGAUUUGCCUAAGAUGGACGAAGGAAGGCAGCCACUGUCGAGAAAACUACCCAUUUCAUCAAGCAGGAUAAAUCCAUACAGGAUAGUCAUUGUUCUUCGUAUGGUUAUUCUUGGGCUCUUCUUUCACUAUAGAAUCCUCCACCCUGUGAGAGAUGCAUUUGCACUGUGGCUGUUAUCAGUCAUUUGUGAGAUAUGGUUUGCUGUGUCGUGGAUUUUGGAUCAGUUUCCGAAAUGGCAGCCCAUUGAACGAGAAACUUAUCUCGAUAGGCUUUCGCUGAGGUAUGAGAAGGAAGGCAAGCCAUCUGAGCUAGCCCCAGUAGAUGUUUAUGUGUCAACUGUCGACCCUAUGAAAGAACCUCCACUUAUCACAGCAAACACUGUUCUUUCUAUCCUUGCUGCGGAUUACCCAGUGGACAAGGUUUCAUGCUAUGUCUCAGAUGAUGGUGCAGCCAUGCUUACUUUUGAAGCCCUUUCUGAGACCUCUGAGUUUGCAAGAAAAUGGGUCCCAUUUUGCAAGAAGUAUCAAAUUGAACCUCGUGCUCCUGAAUGGUAUUUCUCUCAGAAGGUUGAUUAUCUGAAAGAUAAAGUGCAUCCUGCCUUUGUCAGGGAACGCCGUGCCAUGAAGAGAGACUAUGAAGAGUUCAAAAUCCGGAUAAAUGGGUUGGUUUCCAUGGCACAAAAGGUUCCUGAGGAAGGUUGGACUAUGCAAGAUGGAACCCCGUGGCCUGGAAACAAUGUUAGGGAUCAUCCUGGAAUGAUACAGGUGUUCCUUGGCCAAAAUGGUGUCCGUGACUUGGAUGGAAAUGAGCUGCCUAAACUUGUUUAUGUUUCUCGUGAGAAGAGACCCGGAUUUGAUCAUCAUAAAAAAGCUGGUGCCAUGAAUUCCUUGAUAAGAGUUUCAGCAGUUCUCUCAAAUGCACCAUACCUACUUAAUGUGGAUUGUGAUCACUACAUCAACAACAGUAAGGCACUCCGUGAAGCCAUGUGCUUCUUAAUGGAUCCCAUAUCAGGGAAGAAAAUAUGCUAUGUACAGUUUCCUCAGAGGUUUGAUGGCAUUGAUAGACAUGAUCGAUACUCUAACCGUAAUGUUGUAUUCUUUGAUAUCAACAUGAAAGGGUUGGAUGGUAUCCAAGGACCAAUUUAUGUCGGAACAGGUUGUGUUUUCAGAAGGCAAGCACUUUAUGGGUAUGAUGCCCCUAAAGUAAAGAAGCCCCCAGGCAAGACCUGUAAUUGUUGGCCGAAAUGGUGCUUUUGCUGCUGCUGUUUUGGAUCCAGAAAGAAUAACCGAAAAUCAAAAACCAAGGAUAACAGCAAGCUCAAGGACAACAAAAAGAAGUCCAAAAACAAGGAUUCAUCCACACAAAUACACGCUCUUGAAAACAUUGAGGAAGGUAUUGAAGGAAUCGAUAAUGAAAAGUCUGCUCUUAUGCCCCAAGUGAAAUUCGAGAAGAAAUUUGGUCAGUCUCCGGUCUUUAUAGCUUCCACACUGAUGGAGGAAGGUGGAAUGCCUCAUGGUGUAAGUGAAGCAUCACUAUUGAAGGAGGCCAUCCAUGUCAUCAGUUGUGGGUACGAGGACAAAACUGAAUGGGGAAAAGAGGUUGGUUGGAUUUAUGGUUCAGUUACAGAAGAUAUCCUGACUGGGUUCAAAAUGCAUUGUCAUGGAUGGAGGUCAGUGUACUGCAUGCCAAAAAGAGCUGCAUUUAAAGGGUCUGCUCCAAUUAAUCUGUCUGACCGUCUCCACCAAGUUCUUCGGUGGGCUUUGGGAUCUGUUGAGAUAUUGUUGAGCAGACACUGCCCUAUUUGGUAUGGGUUUAACAGUGGUCUCAAACCACUGGAGCGAUUUUCUUAUAUUGCCUCUGUUGUGUACCCAUUGACGUCUAUCCCACUGCUUGUCUAUUGUACUCUCCCAGCUGUCUGUCUUCUCACCGGGAAAUUCAUUGUUCCUGAGAUCAGCAGCUAUGCAAGUAUUUUGUUUAUGGGUCUGUUUAUUUCCAUCGCGGUAACGAGUAUCCUAGAAAUGCAAUGGGGACAUGUGCAAAUCGACGACAUGUGGAGGAAUGAACAAUUUUGGGUGAUUGGAGGUGUAUCUGCCCAUCUUUUUGCCCUCUUUCAAGGUCUACUAAAGGUUCUUGCUGGUGUGGACACCAACUUUACUGUCACAUCCAAAGCAGCAGAUGACGGAGAAUUCUCAGACCUUUACUUGUUCAAGUGGACUUCCCUGUUGAUCCCACCCAUGACUUUGCUGGUGAUGAACAUCAUCGGGGUUAUAGUCGGGAUAUCAGAUGCCAUUAACAACGGGUACGAGUCAUGGGGUCCUCUAUUCGGUAGGCUCUUCUUUGCAAUGUGGGUCAUCAUUCAUCUUUACCCCUUCCUCAAGGGUAUGAUGGGAAAACAAGAUCGCGUCCCCACCAUUCUCAUCGUCUGGUCCAUUUUACUUGCAUCCAUUUUCUCCCUUCUAUGGGUCAGAGUUAACCCGUUCACAGCCAAAGGCGGUAUUGUUCUCGAAGUAUGUGGGUUGGAUUGUGAUUAGUACACCAAACAUUUUUGAUGAUGAAUUUUGUGUAGAAAAAGAAACCCAACCAAGCUGGGAGAAAGCAAGAAAAACGAAAAACGACGUUGGUAGGCGAUCAUUGAAUCGAAUUGAAGGAUACAAAAGAUGAGAAUUGGGUUUGUGUUGUGUAGAUAAAGUUGGGAGCUUGACACAUUGAAAAAAUUUGUUGUCAGGGAAAAAUGUUUAUUCAUUCUUUUGAUACACGUCGUUAUUUGUGAGUCAAGUUAUAGGGGAUUAUGGAUUUCAGGGUAUUUUUAUGAUCCCCCCAUGAACAUAAAGGAGUUUUCUUUUUCUAUUAUUUUUUGUUGGGGUAAAAGUUUCUUCUAUUCUUAAUUUAUAAGGCCCUCUCCCUUAGAAAUAAGGGACUUGAAAUGUUGUGUCAUUAAUCAUUAUUGUAGGUUUGUGGGUUACAAUUAAUUUUGGCUUCUUUUUAGACUGUGAAGUUUAAAUCUUAUUCUAUAUUUUUGGAUUAGUAUAUCAAUAAAGUGGUUUUUACUUUUUA